AUGGGUGCCGACUCCGGAAGCAUCGCCGCUGCGGCGUCCGCGCUGGCCAGGCGGUCGUCGCCCGGCUCCAACGCCUUCUUCUCCAUCUCCGUCGCCGUCAACUGCCUGCUCGUCCUGCUGCUGCUGCGCUACUUCCUCCCGCUGCGCAAAACCCCCGCCUACCUGCUCGUCCCGGUAUUCCUCGCCCUGGCCCUGCCCGCCAGCAUAAUCCUGCUCGUGCCCAUCGACCUCGGCAGCGUGAGGGGCGUCAAUGGCGAGGACGAGGGCGGAAGGGGCAUCUGGCUGCCUGACAGGGCGCUGCUGGUCUGCUGGAGGAUUGGAUACUGGUUGACCUUCGUGCUCACUUGGGCAAUCCUUCCGCUUCUUGGCGAAUAUAGCGAUGCCGGUUACCUGUCUCCGAAAUCGCGCUUCCUUUACUCCCUUCGCUCCAACGGGCAGUACUGGAUGAUCAUCAUUGGUUGCAGCAUUGUUGGCGCUAUAUACUUCAUAAUGUCCAAUGGCUUCCACUUCACGUCUUUGAAGGGUUUGGUCAUGGCUUUGGCCUAUGCAUGGGGUCUUAUCCUCGCCAUCUACCUCAUGGGGCAUGGACUUGUGGCUCUGCCUAGAAACCUCUGGAGAAGUGCGAGCAUCGUGGAGCGGCUAAAGAGGAUUCAGGCCCACGCGCCCAAGAUCCAUGAGAAACUUGAGGAUGCCAUCGAGAAGUUGGACGAGUACGAGGCGCAGGUCAUGCAGUUGAGGAACAAGAGAAGUUCGGCGCCCAGGGAGUUCCAGGAAUGGAUUGAGGAGCUGGCGGACACUGCAUCUCUAUUGGAAGCACAGCCAUCGAGGUCUGUGGGCGCUCCAAGAACGACCGUUCCAUCAGUGAUCACUGAGAAGUACUUGGCCGACUUGACAAGACGCCUGAAAAGAGCGAGACACGCGAAACUGCGCUUUGAAGAUGAGUGGGCACGGCUGGUCUCGUCUGCGGUUUUCACUCAGGCUAUACUCGAUGCUUCGGCCACCCAAAAGCUCGAUGCCACGGCUGGCUCUAACUGGAGACGGGACAACUUCUGGUCCCGACUUGGCCGAAGAACACUCAGCCCUCGCAUGCGUUACCACUGGCACACCCACCUCGUUCCCGCUGUCUAUUACACCAUGAGUAUAUUUCUUGGAUUGGCAUCGGCUGCUGUCGUUUGGUCUGAAUUCACCAAGGCCAUCUCCGCCAAGGUCAACAUCAUUAGCCGCACCGUUGUGCACCAUCCCAGCUCCGAUUCCAAGAUUGGCUUCGCAGGACAAUGCAUUGCAGCGCUCUGGCUACUGUACAUGGUCCUGUCAGCGCUCUAUGCCAUCACCGAGGUCAAGAUCUGGGGAAACCGCGCAUUGGUCCGUCGCCAAACUUACGCCGAAAGCGCGUGCUGGUACUCGUGCCAAGUUGCCAAACUGACGGUCCCGCUGGCCUACAACUUCAUCACGUUCUUCGAAGGGGAGAUCUACAAGGAGACCGUCUUCUUUUCCUUCCUCGGCAAGCUCGUCAACCUGACCCCUCUCGGAUCGGGCUUCUCCAGCUGGUUCCCGAUGCUCAUCCUCAUCCCGGUCGCGGCCACGCUCUUCGGCCUCUACGGCAAGGCGAAGCGCGUCAUCGGCCUGGGCGAGUACAUGGAGAUCGGCGACGAGGACGACGACGAGAUCGACAACGCCUUCUCGGGCUGGCGCGAGGGCCGCGCCCUCAUCGACCGCGAGGCCCACGGCAACGGCCUCCUCGCCGGCACAUCCAGCGCCCUCGGCCUCCGCAACACCUCCGCCUCCGCCGCCCCGCACAACUCAUCCUCCUCCCCGCUCGCCGGCUCCUCCCCGCGCACCGCCAGUCCCGCACAGCGUCCCUCGCCGAACAACAACAACAAUGCCAGCCGCUCCCCCGUCCGUCCCACAGGCCACAACCGCACCGCCACCAGCACCGCGGCAUGGCAGCAGCAACGAUCGACGCCUGCCGCUUCCGCCGCCGCUGCUUCCGCCACCGCAGCCGCUUCGUCCUCGUCCUCGUCCUCGCGCGGCCGCCCCGCCGACCGCGGCGGCAGCAUCUUCUCCAGCGCCGCCGCCGAGGACGCGGCCGAGGCCGAGGGCGGCUGGCUCGGCGACUUCACCCACCGCAUCCGCAACACGUUCGAGACGGCCGACUUCACGCCGCCGAGGUGGAUGAGGCCGGGCUCGAGCGAUGGGAGCGACGGCGGCGGCGGCGGCGGCGGCGGCGCUCGCGGCGGUGGGAAUGCGGGGAGUAGCAAUACUGGUGGUGGUGAUGGGGAUGGCCCGUUGGGGCCGUUGGAGAGGCUGUUUGGUGGGGGGAAUAGGGGGGGUGGUGCGGUGAGGCUGAGGUGA